CUUGGUAACCAGGGGAAGUCACGUGAUCGGGUUGGGGCGCCGAGGAGGGAAGGAGCUUGCGGUGGUCUCUGUCGGCUGGUCUUGGCAGCAUGUCGGGCAAAGACAGGAUCGAAAUCUUCCCUUCGCGGAUGGCUCAGACUAUUAUGAAAGCCCGUUUGAAAGGAGCCCAGACUGGUCGCAACCUCUUGAAAAAAAAAUCAGAUGCAUUGACCUUACGAUUCCGGCAGAUUUUAAAGAAAAUUAUUGAGACUAAGAUGUUGAUGGGUGAAGUGAUGAGAGAAGCAGCUUUUUCCCUUGCUGAAGCAAAGUUCACAGCUGGAGAUUUUAGUACUACUGUGAUUCAGAAUGUGAACAAAGCUCAAGUCAAGAUCAGAGCUAAAAAAGACAAUGUAGCAGGUGUGACAUUGCCAGUUUUUGAGCAUUACCAAGAAGGAGGGGAUAGUUAUGAGCUGACUGGUUUAGCCAGAGGUGGUGAACAGCUGGCCAAGCUGAAAAGGAACUAUGCCAAAGCAGUAGAACUCCUUGUAGAACUAGCUUCCCUUCAGACUUCAUUUGUUACUCUGGAUGAAGCAAUCAAGAUAACAAACAGGCGUGUGAAUGCUAUUGAACAUGUGAUUAUUCCUAGAAUUGAACGCACGUUGUCUUACAUCAUAACCGAGUUGGAUGAGCGAGAACGAGAGGAGUUUUACAGAUUAAAGAAGAUUCAAGAAAAGAAAAAGAUACUGAAAGAGAAGAAUGAUAAACUGCAAGAAUUACGGAAGGCUGCUGGAGAGCAAGAACCUGCCAAUUUGCUUGCAGAAGAAAAAGACGAGGAUCUUCUCUUUGAAUAGCUAUGAACAAGUUGCGACUGAAAACUAAAAGCUGUGCUACUUUGUGGACCUUAUUUAUGAAGCUCUUUCUUUGAUGUAUUAGCCUGAAUGUUCCACUCCAGACCUAUUCAAGGAAUGUUUUGUUGUGGAAAAUUGCUCUUUAAUUAAACAUUUGCAUGAAGCAAGAUCAUUCCAUUUCCUGUCUCAUUCCUUUGGCAUAGAAGUAUGGUUUCUCUGUGUCCUGCAAAUUCUUGUAGCAAGAUUUUUGUUCGUGGUCACAAGUGGAAACAAUUACAAUGACCAUUUCAGAAAUUCGUAACUUGGAAUUGUGUUUUUCCUUUCUAAAAAAGAAGAAACUUCUAUUUUAAAUUUUAUCUUAAUUGUACUGUGAAAUCAAUAAAGAAAUAUGGCUAAACAAAUAAA